CAAAACUUCUGAUGCCACCAACUCUUACUUCAUCAAGUUCGUUCUCCGCCAACCACUUUCCUUCAAAUCUCAUCGUCCUCGUUUUCUCAAAAACUCCACACAACCCACAAAAUUCAUCACCAUGAACACCCACCAACACUCGCUCGACAGAGUUCAAGAACUCAAAAACUUCGACGACGCAAAACUCGGAGUCAAAGGUCUAGUUGACUCUGGCAUCACCGCCAUUCCCCGUUUCUUCAUCCACCCUCCCGAAACUCUAUCUGACCUUAAACGACCCGAGACAGGUGCACGACCCGAAUCCAAUAUCAUUCCCACCAUUGAUUUGGGCGGGGUGGAGUCUGAAUUGCGGUCGACGAUUGUGGAGAAGAUCGGCCGUGCAUCGCGGGAACUGGGGUUUUUUCAGGUGGUUAAUCAUGGGAUUGACGUGGAAGUUUUGGAGCGUUUGAUUGGAGGUAUUAAAGCGUUUCAUGAACAGCCGACGGAGGUGAAGGCGCGGGUGUAUCGGAGAGAGAUGAAGACGGGAGUUUCGUUCUUUUCUAACGUGGAUUUGUUUCAAUCUAAAGCUGCUAGCUGGAGGGACACGCUGCAGGUAAGGUUGGGUCCGACCCUACCAGAGCUUGAUGAAAUUCCUGAAAUAUGUAGAAUAGAGGUGGUGGAGUGGAAUUAGCAUGUUAAACAGCUGGGGGAGCUCUUGAUGGGGCUGUUGUGUGAAGGGUUGGGAGUGGAGAUAGGGAGGUUGAAGGAGAUGACUUUUUUGGAAGGGAGGGUCAUGGUGGCCCAUUACUAUCCGUACUGUCCGCAGCCUGAUCUUACGGUGGGAAUUACAUCUCAUACCGAUCCAGGAGCUUUGACAAUUUUACUGCAGGAUCAAGUUGGUGGGCUGCAGGUUAAGUAUGGUGAGGAAUGGGUGGAUGUUAAACCUGUCCCUGGAGCUCUUGUUAUCAACAUUGGAGAUAUACUUCAGAUUAUGUCCAAUGAUGAAUACAGAAGUGUGGAACAUAGAGUGUUUGCUAAUCCAUCCCAGGAACCACGAAUCUCGGUUGCAGUUUUCUUCAACCCGGGCGACAAGGAUUGUUUGUGUGGACCAUUCCCGGAGUUGAUAUCACCAGAGAAGCCAGCUGUUUUCCGGCCCUUCACCUAUAUGGAUUAUAUGAGAAGGUUCUUCACAAAGGAGUUGGAUGGCAAAUCUUUAGUAAAUUACUAUAGGCUGUCAGGCACUGAGAAAACAGAAUGAAGUACAAUGUAAAUCUGAUUGAAGGAUUACGUAAAAAUGUAAUCUUUAAGAUAAUUUGUAUAAUGCACAAGCCUGUGUACACAGUGACACUAUUACAAUAAUGCCAAUCAGAAGCAACAAAAUUUUACAAAUGAGCUUCAUUUCAGGCAUUACUUUUCCUUCUUUUACAU